UGUAUACAUCUGUCGCGUUUGCUGCAUAUGAUAUUCGAGUAUAAAAUGCGAUUUCGCGCUCAAUCUAAUAUAUUCGAAACACCGCGUGCGACAAUGCCAGGCACUCGGAAGGAGAAGAUACGCAGUGCCGGCGCAAGAGACGCAUAUCUACUACAUACUUCUCAAACAACUACAGGAGGACACAAUCGUGGGAUUGUCUAGACGUUAGGAUGCAUGUAACCGGGUACCUGUUUUUCUGGUUCUCAACAGACAGCAUUGCCAAGAGGGUUCAAAUGUUGGUUUCAUGAUUCUCCUGCGGGGAACCAUGUCCUUACUCAUGUCAAUGUGCCUGUCCCGUCUCCAAAGCUACCCCACUUACCGAAUGAUCUGUCGGCUUCGCUGCCGGAGCACCAGGUGUACAUAGGAGCAUCAAUGCUUUAUGUGCAGAAUCUUUCUUCUUUCUUUUUUUUUCUCCGUGCUAAGCAGCAAAUCAUCUCGGAGAAAUCGACAGAAUCAAACAUGGGAAUCUUGCGAACAUGCGAUUGCCUCAGGGUCUACACAAUAAGGGAUUUCAUCUCGCUGUACGUGCCCAAAAAAAACUUUCUUAAACACUAAUGCACAAUCCCGCACAUCAGGCCCUGCCAGCCAUGCAUACGACAAAUUGCCGGCCGCGUUCUUUUCGCAAGCUGCCGGUUGCGCCACACACCGCAUCCAGAAUCUUGGAGAGUCACGCGCAGAAACACGCUGCGUUUAGGAUUAUCCCGCGUCGUUGUUGCGCACAGAGUGUGGGAUAGAUUAACAUUGAUGCUACCUGCUUAUCGCUGCCGUGGGUGCAUAUGCGUGCGCCGUGUUUCGUGAAUUCAUAUGUAGGGUUGAGUGAACCGCUGCUAACAAGUUCAAUUGUAUUGAUCUACUAUGUCGACUAAGUAGCCUAUGACCACGAUGAAGAAUAUACGUUACCUAAGUACCGCCCUCAAAACCUGUACCUCGCCCGGCCCUCCUAGCCCAAUCAGUAUAAAGUUCGCAAAGUUGGGUAGCAAUAUUGCUUGAGGUGGUUAUGCAGGGCACGCUGCACUAGCCCAUGUCAGGUACCAUGGCCGGGCUCACAGAACUUUGCCCAUCCUGCGCUUCACAUUUUACCCGCAGGCGAACCAUUAAACUUUCGCUUCUCUGGGUGCUGCUGGGACGCAGGUUGUGAGAAGUGGGAGAGUAUAUAAUGGAUGGUGUUAUACGCUGAAGAUGGGAGGGGCAAAUCGUGGAUACCAGUUGUUGCAGUCGACGAUCGUCAUACACCAUUAUAAUGGAUAUGGCACCCCCGAUACCGCCGGAGCAGCUCGCGAUAUUAGCGAGUGAGAGCCAGGGGCCCAAGACUGUUAGCAUUGUGAUCGCUUUCACGGCGCUAGCUCUUGUCUUUGUCUUGCUUCGAUUGUUUGUACGGAUUCGCUUCACGCAGCUUGUUGGAUGGGAAGACUGCUUCAUCACGGUGUCUAUGCUGUUCUCGGUCGCUCAGGCUGCGCUGCAAAUCAAGCAGGUAGGAUGGGGCGCCGGCAAACACCAAGUGUUGGUCGAUCUUCCAUCGACGAUAAAUAGCCUGAAGUAUCUUUACUGGAGUAUCCUGACGUACUGCGUUGGCUUCACGUUCACAAAAGUCUCCAUAUUGACGCAAUACCGCCGCAUCUUCGCUGUCAAAAGAGCGCGAAUCCCGAUAUACAUCGUGAUGGGACUCUGCGUGGCCACUGGCACUGAAGCGCUCUUCACCUUCGCGUUUGUGUGCACGCCGGUUGAUGCGUUCUGGAACGUGAUGAAGAGACCUGCUGCCAAGUGUCUUGAUGAAGAUGUACUGCGUUAUAUCAACGGCACACUAAACAUGGUCACUGACUUGCUUAUUGCCGCUCUGCCGAUACGUGUCAUAUGGCGUCUACAGCUCGUACGGAGACAAAAGAUCGCCUUGAUCGCACUGUUAACACUGGGCUGGUUCGUUUCCAUCGUGUCCAUCAUCCGCCUCCACUCGCUCUACGUGCUUUCGCAGAACCCUCAGGACAGCAUGUUCUACGCCGCACCCCCGAUAUACUGGGCAGCCAUCGAGAUGAACCUAGCUAUCGUGUGCGCCUGCGUCCCCGCGCUGAAACCGCUCGUCGUGCAAGUCAUCCCCGCUUUCGCAUCCAGACCCAGCGAAAAUAACAGUAGCCAACGGUCCGGAGCUUCGAGAUCGUCGAAGCUGUCGCGGUCUUUCCUGAAGCUGGAUGGGAACGAUCGUUCGUUUGAAGGGAGCGUUGAUGCGGAGCAGGGUUCUGCUGGUAGUGAACUGAGACCAAUUACCGCGUUACCGCCAGUGCACCAGCGAGAGUCGUUUACAAGACAUGUACGUGGGACGCAGAACAUGGCGACGAAGCAGUACAGUGGGCAAUCUCGAGGUACAUAA